AUGAGUUUAUUUAUUCUUUUAAUUUAUUUUCUUAUAUAUCUGAAUGGAUAUAAUUUGAUACAGUCUAACUUAUUAUCUGAUGAAUUAAUCCAAUAUGUAAAUAAUUAUCCAUCUGCUGGAUGGAAAGCAUCAAAACAGGAUCGAUUUAAAUCAAUAUCUGAUGUAUACAAUACAUUGGGACAUUAUGGUAUUCGACGUUUUAAACAGGAGAUUCUUCCGAUUGUUUCACAUGAAGAUAUAAAUAUUGAAUUACCUGAUUAUUUUGAUUCACGUGAACAAUGGAAAGAUUGUCCAAGUAUCAAUAUUAUCCACGAUCAGUCAAAAUGUGAUUCCGGUUGGGCUGUAGCUUCAGCUGCCUCAAUUAGCGAUCGUACAUGCAUUCAGACAAAUGGAACAAUAAAAGUACAAUUGAGUGCCAUCGAGCUAAUUUCUUGUACGAAAAUAAACUUGGUUGCCAAAUUGGUUACAGGAGAUUCAACAGGUUGUCUACCAUAUCCUUUUCCGAAAUGUGAUCAUAGAUCAUCUAACUCAUAUCCAAAGUGUGGCUAUAUUACCUACACAGCACCAACAUGCGAGAAAACAUGUCGUUCUGGAUAUCCUAUUCCAUAUAUAGCGGAUAAACAUUACGGGAAAGCCGUUUACAGUCUUAGACCAAAUGAAAGUGAUAUUAGGAAAGAAAUUAUGAUGAAUGGACCAGUUGAAGCGGGCAUUUUUGUGCAUUCUGAUUUUUUUAACUAUAAAUCUGGUGUUUAUAAACAUAUAAUCGGACGAUUAGUUACCAUUCAUUCAGUUCGAAUAAUUGGAUGGGGUAUAGAAAAUGAUAUUCCUUACUGGCUAUGUGCCAACUCAUGGAACGAAGAUUGGGGUCUGAAUGGAUACUUUAAAAUUUUGCGCGGGUCAAAUGAAUGCGAAUUGAAAGUUUUGUAA